AUGUCACGAGCGCGCAUUGUUCUCAAUCGCGCACCUUUCAAACAAUCCUGCCAAUCCGCCAGCCGAAACUUCCGCUCCGCCAGCUACCAUGCGCAUCGCGAUGUUCCCCUCCCCCUCCAAUCCCGUAUCCGCUGGUCAUACUUCUGGUACGCCAGCAUACUCGCGCUCGGCAUCACAACUGGUCUAGGUGCUCGCCACUUUGCCGCGCCUCUCGGUCUCCCAGAGCCCGGCUCAAGAGAAGACGAAAUCAUCCUCGACUCUCUGCGGCGCGAUAUCGAUGCUCUCGAAAUCGUGCAAUCUUUGCGCUCUCAGUCAUACAACCUACAUACCGACACAGCGCUCCGGUCAGGACCGGGAAUAACGUCGUCUCCUGGAUCAAGUCGGAAGAUAUCAGCGUACAAAGGGUGGCUCGAGCUGGAUCUGGACUUCGGGAGAGAGAAUGAGGGCAAGAAAGGCAUAUUGGGCGUCAUGAGUGGGACGCGAGGCUUGGGCGUACAAAGAGCAUUCUGGAGUGCCGAGACAAAAGAGAUGGUGGCUGUGGUCUGGAUAGGAGGAGGAAUGAGUGGGUGGCCCGGUGUUGCGCAUGGCGGGGCUAUCGCAACCAUCUUUGAAGAGAUCAUGGCGAGGAUGGUCAGAGGUCCAGAUGGCAUUGUGGAACCAGUCCACCGUCCAGACUCCCUCAGCCUGAUCUACGCCAAACCAACCUACAGCCUCGACUUCUACAUCCUCCGUGCCUCCUUCUCGAAACCUGACCUCCCCCAAUCCGAGCCGCCGCCAGAACCCGAAACGGAACCUACAAAGAGCUGGUUGGGAUGGUUGUCACCGCAGAAGGAUCUGACGAAGAAGACCGACGCGUCGAGACAUAAGCAGGAGAUUGUUGCGACGCUGGAGAGUGUCGGUGGGGACCUUUGUGUCAAGGCCAAGGGCACGUUCAAUGGAGGUAGCCCCAUGGUCUGA